AUGCUACGACACCUACUACAAGGCUCUGGGUCUGCUCAGCAAGCCUCGAACAUCAUGAAGGUGCCAUCGGGCGCCUGGCAAGGUGCUUGGCGACGCCUCUAUACCACCACACAGCGCAGCAUUGUUCGGCGUAGCCCGAUCAACUCCGGUGCCUCGCGACGCUCUGCGACACCGCUUCACCCGUUGCAGCCCAUAGGAUUGCGGGCGGCAGCACCUGGAUGGGCGCCGGCAUCCAGGAGAGGCUUUCGCUUCUCCGCUUGGAGGCGUAGCACCACAGACGGAGAAAAGGCAAAGCCCCUCUCACUGUCGCAACGACUGAAGAAACUGUUCAAGGAUUACGGAAAGUCCGCUAUUGGCGUGUACCUGGCCCUCAGUGUUCUAGACUUUCCCUUUUGCUUCUUGUUGGUGCGCAUUGUAGGCACCGACACGAUAGGCAAGAUUGAGCACGCAGUCGUGUCCACUGUCUCCCAAUUCAUUCCCGACUCGAUCCGACAAAAGUGGCGCGAUUACUGGCAAUCUGUCAAGAAGACGGAAUCCGAUACCCUUGGCAACGGGGAUGUUAGCGAAACGGUGGAGAUGAUGGGAUGGGGUGUUGAAAAGGCCCAGGAACAUCACGACGAAGAAGCCAGUCUGGGAACACAGUUGGCUCUUGCAUAUGCCAUCCACAAGAGCUUCAUCUUCCUGCGAGUCCCACUUACGGCGGCGCUCACGCCCAAGAUUGUCAAGAAGCUUCGGUCAUGGGGUUGGAACAUCGGAAAGAAGGCAUAG